AUGGCACAAAAUCUGCAGGAAAGCGACCAAUCAACGAAUGCCGGAAGUGCCAAGGCGGCCGAUUCACAAGGCGCUCUGUCAUUUUCGUCUGCCGAGGACGGUUUUAUCGACAUCAACCACACCGAUAUCGACAUGCCCGAUCAUGAGAAGGAUGACGAAAAGGUCCAUUCUUCUCCACUAGAUCUUCAUCGUUACGGCAACAACAUCCGCGACGUCGACGAGAUUGGCGACGGUGAAGACGACUCGGAUGAUGAUGACCACGACCCUAUGGCAAAUCACUCAUUGUUGAACAUGCUAACUGGAAGAUUGGGCGGUCGCCGCCGCGGCUCAACUCACAAAUGGGAUCGCCUGCAUCCCGAAAAUCAGGCAUUGUCUGUUUUUGAUGUUGAUCAGUGUACAAAACUCGAGGAGGAGGCGUUCCCCCCCGAGGAACGGGCUAGUCGAGAAAAGUUUCUGUAUCGCUUGACCAGAUGUCCCGAGCUCAGCUUGGGACUUUUCACGCAACCCACCAAGGCCGAGGCCGAAGAUUCAAAUACGCCUCCACAGCGUCGACUCAUGGCGCACGUGGUUUCAACUCGAACUCCGGCCCCGAGUGUGACUGAAGCAUCCAUGGGGAUCCCUUCCAACUGGAAGACACGACGCUCGUCGCUUCCCAGCAACGAUGAUGACGAAGAACCUCUGGGUCACCAAGAUCAAGGCGGAACCAUCUGCAUCCAUUCAGUGGCCGUCGCACCAGAGUUUCAGAAGAUGGGCCUUGGUUCGAUUCUGAUGAAAUCUUACAUUGCUCGAAUCAAAGACUCGAAAUCGGCCAAGCAGUUGGCUUUGCUGGCCCACGACCAUCUGGUUCCAUUCUACAAGGGACUCGGCUUCGAAAACCUGGGACCAAGUGCAGUUACGAGCCACGGUGGCAAUUGGAAUAACAUGAUUCUCGAGUUUACGUAUGAUGAUGAAGAGUAG